AGAAAAGUGGAAGCAUAUGGAUUUGUAUAUUUUUAUUCGUAGAAUAAUGGAAUUGAGUCAUUAAUAAUACAUAUUUUAACAUUAUGCCAAUGUAAAGUUACACAAAUAACGAAUCCCCUAAAUAGAAACCCAAGAUAUAGAUGUGAAAGAUUCAGUUUGUCGCGGGAUAGCUUGAAAUAAACAACAUGCAAAAUUGUACUAUUUUAUUUCAAUGUGGUCGUUUAUCUAAGUUAUUUAGUAUUUCAUUUUGUUUCUAGUUUGGACACUGUUAAGAGACUUGAUUUACGUCAUUAAGUAACUAGCUACUAGUAGCGUUUGGUUUCUCAAGCUGGCUAAAUACGAUAUUAUGGCUCGACCAACAAGAGCCAAGAAACAAUUGAAUUACUCAGACUUGAUGGAGCUUGAUGAUGAUGAAGAUUUUGCCUGUAUGAAAGGGCCUUCCAGCAAGAAAGCUCGGGUCCUUGUCAAAGAACCACAGAGAGACAAGAGUCUGCAUCAAUCAAGCAAAUCUUUCGGUCAGGAUUCAAAGAACACAUUGUCUUUAGAUGACAAAGAGAAUGAAGUGGAUUCACAAGCAUCCUGUUCUCUCUCUGUGCUCCAAAGAGCUAUGGUUGUAGAGAAGGCACCCAGUAGAAUAAACCUUCAUGAGGGCACAAGUGAGAGGGGAUCCAAUGUCAACCCCUCCAGCCAGAGACGGGCAGCUGUCAAAGAUAAAGAUCAACAGAGAUCCAUACUGACAGUGGAGAGGAUCAGCCAGGUUGAGAGUGGGCGGAAGGAUAAGGAUUACCAGCAUACCUGCAUACCACAGAGUUGUAGUCCGACUCCAGCCACAUCAAAGCCUGUGUCAACUCAGAGGAAGCUCGCUGACACUCCCACUUUACCUGUUAGACCAUCCCCUAUCACCCCAGUAGGUGGCAGGCUACUAAAGUGGAAUCCACCAGCACAGAGUGGAAUAAGUCCCAGCUCAACCCCGAAUUCCACCACAAAGUCUACAGGACAAGGCUUGCGACUGGGAUUGUCCCGCUUAGCAAGGGUCAAACCUCUGCACCCCACUGCUAGUGGUAACUGACUCUUGCCCUAUUAAACAGAGAGAAGUCAGAAUCUUUUUUCUUUGGUGUACUGUGUGUUUAGCGUGUUACUCUUGUGUUCCAUUGCUAAUAUUGGAAUUCUGUAAUAAUUUUUGUUUAAAUGUUGUAUCUAGUUAUUGCUAUUCAUCAAAAUGUUUAUUUUUUUAACAUUUGUUUCUUACCAUGCCUGCAAUUGUCCAGUAUUUUUUGUAAUAUUAACAAGUGCUUGAUACUUUGCAUACAGGUGUAAUUUUUUUGGUGGUACGGUAUUUACUCUGGUUCUAACUCGGAUUUCACAAAUGUCCAUCAUGGUUAUUUCCAUUCUCAGACUAUAGAAGUUUGCUUGAUCCAGCUAUCCCCCUGCUGGAACAUGAAUUUAAUGUUUCCCAUUGAAGGAAACACUGAGGAAUAAAGAAAGGGAUAUUUCAAAAUA